AUGGGCAAAGAAAACCAAACCUAUCUGACUGAAUUCAUCUUGCUGGGCUUUUCUUCUGAUCACCGAACCCAGAUCCUGCUGUUUGUGAUUUUUCUCAUCAUCUACUUGUUGACUGUGUUUGGGAAUCUGCUCAUCAUACUCCUAAUUCACAUUGACUCUCGACUUCACACACCAAUGUACUUCUUCCUUAAAAAUCUGUCAUUUACUGAUCUCUGUUUCUCUACAACCAUUGUUCCCCAGAUGCUAUCCCAUUUGCUCAACAUGAGAAAGACCAUGUCUUUUACUAGGUGCUCAAUUCAAAUGCUUUUCUUUCUAAUAGCAGGGUGUACAGAGAGUUCACUUCUAGCAGUGAUGUCCUAUGACCGCUAUGUGGCUGUCUGCAAGCCACUGCACUAUUCCACUCUCAUGACCCAGAGAAUUUGUGUUCAGCUGGUCAUGGGGUGCUGGGCCAGUGGAGCAUUUGUGUCUUUAGUAGAUACCACAUUCAUUUUAUGUCUCCCAUAUCAGGGACAGAAUAUAAUUAAUCCUUAUUUUUGUGAGCCUCCUGCCCUCUUAAAGCUGGCUUCAGCAGAUACCUACAGCACAGAAAUGACCAUAUUUGCAAUGGGUGUUGUAAUUCUCCUAGGUCCUGUCUCCCUCAUCCUUUUCUCCUACUGGAAUAUUAUCUCCACUGUGAUUCAAAUACAGUCAGAAGAGGGGAGGUUAAAAGUUUUCUUUACCUGUGGAUCUCACUUUAUUGUUGUUUUCUUCUUCUAUGGGUCAACAAUAUUUACCUACAUGCAAUCUAAUUUGAAGCAAAUGAAUAAAGGGGAUAAGGUGGUCUCAGUGUUCUACUCAGUCAUAGCAUCAAUGAUGAAUCCUUUCAUUUAUAGCCUAAGGAACAAGGAUGUGAAGGAAGCACUUAGGAAAGUAUUAGGAAAAUAG